AUGUACCAGGCGGCUGAAAAGGUCCAGGAGGGUCUUGCUCGCGGCGAAGUGUCCGCUGGAGAUGCCGCGACACUUCUGGGUUUAUUUGCAAAAAAGAAGUUUGUCUACAAGCCUUUCUGGCGCUCUGUCGGAAAGAGCCUCCUUCCACUGCUGCCCCUUGUUGACGCGAAAGGCUUGGCGUUGAUCCUAAAUGCGUUCGCUAAUGUUGGUGUAGUCAAUCGAAGGCUUCUUCGAGAGGCUGCAGAUCUCAUUGUUCUAGGCAACAGCACAGCUCAACAGCAGAAAACUCAGCGUCUCCAAGGGAGCAACACUGACGGGUUUGACCUCUCUCCUGUGGAGGCGGAAGAUUCUCUGUCCCGGGGGAACGCGUCACCGAAGAAGCCUGGUACCUCAUGUGGCGACGAGGGGACGCCUGCUACCACAACGCCAAAGAAGGCAGCGUUACCUGUGUGGGGACACUCCCCCAACGUGUCAGAGCCGGAAGCAGGUUCGAGCUCUGAAGGCGGUCCUGCUGCACGAGGCUUGCGCGAUACAGGAAACGCAUUUCGGAGGGAAGACGGUGUUGAAGACUUCCUUGUACCGUCGGCUCUUAAUGCCAAGCUUAAGAGAGGUGAAAUGUCUGUGUCUGGAAAGUGUUACGGCCAGAAGGCACACACCACCUAUGGUACCUUUUCAAACGAAGGGAUCGCAUGUCGCCUUCCAGCAUGCGCAGACACUCCGCCUACUGGGGCCGGUACCAAUUCCCCUUUUUCUCCGGAAUCGGCAAAAGAGCCGUUGGGUGCUGGCGGGAUAAACAAAGAACCGGUGCAAUGCGGUGAAGAAAGGCUCGAGGAUCUUUCGAGUGAUGUCCAUGCAGGGACUGUCCUAUCCCUCCGGUGUCAAGUGCCGCAACGCUCAGGAAUCGUGCUUAAGGAUGUGGAGAUGACUGAGCCGGGAAUCAGGACGCCCGCAGGUAGAGGCUUUGAGGGGAAUGCACACGACAGCAUUUUCACAGUUUCAGGCCCCGACACCCUGCGGGCGCCUUCCACAGAAUCGAUUCUACCCCAACAGGGACGGUACGGCAAGAAUGAAGAGCCGUAUUGCACGGCAACGAUGUCAUUCUCUUCGGUUCCACACCCGCUACAAGUCUCGAAUCCUGCACGAGGAGAAAAGCUUGUUGCAUGUGUAGGCGAGAACUCUAGUAACAUCGGGGGCGAACAUACAGAUGGACUUGCCGGCAAAGUUGAACGGGAAGGAGUAAACCCAGGUGAUCACGAAGGACAUGCGAGCACUGCGUUGGUGAAACGAAUGAACGCGCAGGACAUCGCGCUCGUCGCAAACGCCUUUGCGAAACUUGGGGUAAAGGAUCUCGAGCUGUAUGCCGCCCUUGCGGACAACAUACCUGCUGUUCUCUCUCAGGCAUCAGCGCUUCAGCUUGUCACGCUUUUUGCUGCGUACUCCAAACUCGACAUUCACGACGUUUCCGUGUACCGCGCCAUCACGGACGAGUUGCUUCGAGAGGGAGCGUACAUCGGCAAAGAGUAUCAACCAGGGUUUCCGCGAUUGCCUCCAAAGAUUACCGAGUUGGAUGCCGGCGCCGUUGCAGUCUUGCUGAAUUGCAUACAGAAAGCGCAGUUCGAUAACCCACAUCUUGCGUGUGCUCUUCUGACACAUUUGGAAGAGACCAGAUCUGCAGUAAAGGGGAAGAAGCGCACUGGUGGUGUUAAGGCCAACGCAGCAGGAGACGCUGCAGGCAGGAGAGUUGCCUCAAAGGAUGGUUUCGAAACUGGGUCACGCCACGAAGCGGAAACUCAAAGCUCCCAGUAUCGUGGUGCUACACAGCCUAGAUGCUCUGGCAAUUCUGAAUCAGAGAGCCGAGCAAGACCGAGCGCUGCCGGAGAAGACGCUUCUAGCGGGCGUCACAGGGGGCAAUCGAGAAGCAUCGGAAUGCCUCAAGCCAAUUCAGAUUUCAGGCUGUACCAUGAUCUUGGACCGCGAGAAGUAUCGCUCACUUUGAACGCGUUAACAAGACUGCCACACCCAAAGUCGCUGAGGAGCGCCAUUGUAACUCAUGCGUCGAAGCUGCUGUCCUCGAUGAAUGACACAGAUGUAUUAAUCACGACGAAAGCACUAAUUCGGCUUCAUUCUAAACUUGGGCAUUCCGAUGCAGAGAAUCUUUUCUUACAGAUACGGAGCCGCUUCCGCGCACACGGGUGUGGUAUCAGAGAGUUGGCUGCACUUGCAACCGCGUUGCAGCGUCUCGUUGCUUUAGCGCCACAGCUGCAAAGCCCCGCCAAAACUUUGGUACAAGAAAUUGCACCCCGCGUGACAAACCGGCUUUACAAACUAGAAAAUCGAACCUUCAUUCAACUUGCCUCUGCGUUCGUGACUCUGCACGCAUCCGAGGAGAAUACUACUCAAGAGAUUCUUGUGGAGAUUUCGAGGCGUCUUCCCGAUCUGGAGCUAGACGAGAAACUUGCCGCCUUACACGUGGUUUACGUCUUUUCUAGCAACGGCAUCGCCGUGGCACUGGAUAUCGCACCAUUCAUUGUCCGCAGCAUCCUUGAUACCAUUGACGGGUUAAAAGAAGACCGACUGUCCAAGUGGGGCGCGGCGGGCGCUAAGACGCUCGUGACCGCUGCAACCGAACUGAGAGACGUAAGCGGUUCUCUGAUGGACCGUCUGAUCUUGGCAGUCUCAUCAACCGUCCCACUCAUGAGCCAGGGCCAGACGCUCUCCGUAGCAAUUGCGCUGCUCAGCUGCUGCAAUCCCGCUGCCCACACUGCAGGAGAACGCUCAAUGUGGAAGGCGUUGAUCAGCGGUUUGGUGUAUCCUCAGGCUAGGGCGAUUGCACAAGUUCAGCAAGAAACCGACUUCAGUGUAUGUCACCAUGUACCCUUGCCUGAUUCCUCCGACUGCCGGGAACGGCAUGCAGAUGCCAGCGACGCAAUUAUUGACCUGGGGGAAUGCUGGAGUGAUGAAGAUCAUGGCAACCAGGCUGCACUUGAGGCAUAUUCUCAGAAAAGCAUUACUGGUGAAGUUCAAGCGGCACUGUGCGCCGUUGCCAGUGAAAUGUGGCAAGCCAGGGUUAACGAUUUCAUCCUGAAAGAAGGCCGAAAUCUUAAAUUGAGGGACGAGAUGGACACCAUGAACUCGGGGGAUGUAAUGCAGGAACCCGGUGACGACAUCACUACAUUGAACUUGUCCAUGUUGCUUUUCAAGGGAAACCAGUUUGCCAUGCCGGCUGAUACUGAAGUGUUUGCCGACCUAGACGUUCGUCCCUAUCGCGGUGACUCGCCGUCUUUUGAAUACGUGAUUGGACGAAAAAGUAACCCGACUCCACGGGGAGUCGCAGCACUGAGGCAGUGCUGCGGCCGCCUACGGCGAGCUGGCUGA